UGGCCCCAUGCAUCCCCAUCUGUAUGGUCGUUGUGUUGUGCUGCGAGGACAACGGACGGGGAUAAGUUUUUUGAUUCCCUUGUAUGUACAGGAUGCAUGAAACCUCCUGCAUAUGCAGAAGCUUUUGCAUGCAGAUGCCUUUGAUCUUUGCAAGAAGUUACCAUGCCUUUGCUUUUUCCCUCCUCCAGUCCUCUCCCUCCCCCUGUAUGCUGCUCCUGCUGCGGCUACUCCUAGCUCACACACAUGGCUUUUCCUUUCGUCCACCUCUAAAUCCACCUUUAUUCUCCCUCCCAUCCCAGAACUCACCCUUAAAAAGAAGCCGAUUCCCCCUCUGAUCCCUCAUCAAACACACACUCUCACAUCCACAUUCUUCCCUACACCCCUCUCUCUAACACACAGUAGUACACUUGAUCAUACUAUCUGAGAGUAAUAUACUAUAGAAGAUUUGCUUGUAGCAGCUACAGCCAAUACUGUAAGCUCCAACACAGACAAAUAUAGUUGCACUAUCUAGCUAGUGAUUCUAGUACAACCUCCGAAGCUUGGCUGCGCAGUAUGGCUUCUUCGCCGUCCGACCUAACCCUAGACUACAAGCCCAACGGCAACGCCGCCGCCUACGCAGUGACGAUCCCGAAGCCGCAGCAGGAGCCGCUCGUCGACGGCCACCAUCACCACCACCAUCUGACGACGGCGGAGCAGGCGACGCAGAAGCUCCGGGAGUUCCUCGCCCGCCUGGAGGAGGAGUGGCUCAAGAUCGACGCCUUUAAGCGCGAGCUCCCCCUCUGCAUGCAGCUCCUCAACCACGCCAUGGAGUCGUACAGGCAGCAGCUGGAGGCGUACCAGAUGGGGAGCCUGCAGGGCGCGCCGGCGAGGCCCCUGGUGCUCGAGGAGUUCAUGCCGCUCAAGAACAUCGGGAUCGACGCCGCCGCCGCCGACAAGAUGGGGAACCCGCCGUCGGAGAAGGCGAGCUGGAUGGAGUCGGCGCAGCUCUGGAACGGGCCCGCCGCGGCCACGGCGGCCGACAUGGCGGCGAAAGGGCCGCAGACGCCCAAGGAGAGCUCGGAGCACCCGCUCCCGAUCGACACGCUCUGCGCGCACGACGCCGCUGCGGCCGGGCAGCGCAACGGCGGCGGUGCGUUCCUCCCGUUCGCCAAGGACAAGACCGCGUCCGCCGCGGAAGGCGCGGCGCUGCCGGAGCUCGCCCUCGCGCCCGCGGACAAAGACGCGGGUGACGCCGAGAGGAAGCCGUACCUCGACGCCAGCAGCAACAACGGCGUCCUGGGCGCGCGGAGAGACGUAGUACAGAACGGCGUCAAGCCGGGGACGAACGCCCCGGAAGGGCAGCAGGCAGCCGCGACGCCGCCGCCGCAGACGCACCGCAAGGCGCGGCGGUGCUGGUCGCCGGAGCUGCACCGCCGCUUCGUCAAUGCCCUCCAGAUCCUCGGCGGCGCUCAAGUGGCGACCCCGAAGCAGAUCCGCGAGCUGAUGAAGGUGGAUGGAUUGACCAAUGAUGAGGUGAAAAGCCAUCUCCAGAAGUACAGGCUGCACACACGGCGGCCGAUGCCGGCGCCGCCCGCGCCGGCGACCGCGGCGCCACAGCUAGUGGUCCUCGGCGGCAUCUGGGUCCCGCCGGAGUACGCGACGCAGGCGGCGGGCCAGGCCAUCUACGGCGCGCACCCGGCGACGCAGCCGCACUACACGGCGGCGGUGGCGGCGCAGGAGUACUACCCGUCCCCCGCCGCGGUGCACCACCUGCAGCACCACCCGGCGGCCGCCGCAGCCGCCAUGGUGCACCGUGCGGCCGCGGCACCGCAGCAGGCCGCGUACAAGGCGGCGGCGGCGGCAAUGGCGGGCUCGCCGCCGGGAUCGGAGGGGCGGGGCAGCGCCGGAGGAGGCAGUGUCGGCGGCGGCGGAGGCGGCAGGGAGAGGUCGGAGAGCAUCGAGGAGGAAGGCGAGGGCGAGGAGCGGGAAGAGGAUGACGACGACGACGACGACGACAUGGCGGCCGCCAAGGCCGACGGCGAGGAGGCCGCCGCCGGUGCCGGAGCCGGCGUCAAGUACUAAUUAAUAAUCAACAAAUUAAUUAGCGUGCGCUGCUACUCUAUCACCAUUAGCUAGCUUGUUAAUCGCCAUUUGGCUCCGGGGUUGUAAUGCAGCGCAUGUGCUGUAGCAUCGUCGGGAAAGUGAAUUUUUGUUCGCGCCCGCGCGGAGAACGGAAGCCGAUCGGCCUGAGCUCGCUCCACUCAGACAUGUGGUGGAGUGGAGAUGGUGGGCGGUGGGGAGAGUGUCCGAGAUUGUCUCAUUCGUGAUGUGAUGUGAUACAUGGGAGCGAGGGCCUAUCCUUUGCUUUUAGGGCUUGGCGUAUUUGGUCUCUGUGUUUUUAUGCCUUUUGUUUUUGUUUUGAACUAGUACUAGUAGUGGUACAUAUACUGUAUUUGCGGUGGAUCAGUAUUGUAAACUUGGUUGGAUCUUCUUGGAUCUAGAGAUAAUUGCAUUGGGGAAUGUGGACUCAAGUUUAAUGUGUGAU